GCAUAGCAAGGACAGCUGAUAUUGUUUUGGUGAAACAGCGGCGUGCAACUUGACGACGAUUACGUAUGUACUGCAUACAUUGCUGACAAUGAGGCGUUUGCUUGGCAGACUUUGGAGGCAUCGCGAUGCAGUUGUUUUGCAAACAUUGCCACGUUCAUUGAUUAAUGGUAGCUGGAGUUGUGUUAGUUCCCGCUGGUUUUCGAGCAGUGUUAAACCAAAUCCCAGUCACGGUGAGCAGGCCCAUUGCAAUGUUGGCACUAUUGGGCAUGUGGAUCACGGGAAGACAACAUUAACGGCGGCCAUUACCAAGAUCCAAUCCGGCAAAGGUCUGGCCGACUAUGUGUCCUACGACCAGAUCGAUCGAGCGCCUGAAGAAAAGGCACGCGGCAUCACCAUCAAUGCCUGCCACAUUGGCUAUGCAACCAAGGAACGCACCUAUGCACACACCGACUGUCCCGGUCAUGCGGAUUACAUCAAGAACAUGAUUUCUGGUGCCUCGCAAAUGGAUGGAGCCAUUCUGGUGGUUGCAGCCACAGAUGGACAAAUGCCACAGACGCGCGAGCAUUUGCUGCUCGCCAAGCAAGUGGGUAUUCAACGCAUUGUGGUGUUCAUCAACAAGGCGGAUUUGGUGGAUCAAGAAGUACUCGAGCUAGUCGAGAUUGAAAUGCGUGAAAUGUUAACGGACUUUGGUUUUGAUGGCGUCAACAGCCCAGUAAUUUGUGGCUCUGCGUUGCUAGCACUGCGUGGUGAUCAGUCCAGUUUUGGUGUGCCGGCUAUCGAGCAGCUUUUGCAACAUUGUGAUAACUAUAUUCCCACGCCCAAGCGUGACAUAACUGCUCCGUUUAUUCUGCCCAUUGACAAUGCAUUUACGGUGCCCGGUCGCGGCACAGUUGUCGUGGGCACCAUCAAACGUGGCACCAUUCUGCGCAAUGCCGAUGCUGAUCUGCUGGGCUUUAAUCAAAACCUUAAGACCACCGUCAGUGAUAUACAGAUCUUCCGGAAGAGCGUUCCACAGGCGUUGGCGGGUGAGAAUGUGGGCGCUUUGCUGCGUGGUAUUAAGAUUUCAGCGGUGGAACGAGGCAUGUUACUGUGUGCCACCGGCUCCGAGAAUAUAUCCAAUCACUUCGAGGCGUCAAUGUAUUUGCUGUCGCGUGCCGAGGGCGGACGUGUCAAACCCAUGCUCUCCAAGUACAUUCAACAACUGUUCAGCAUGACAUGGAACACGCCGGCUCGUAUUGAUAUGGUGCCACACGAAUCCAUGUUGAUGCCGGGCGAGCAUAGCAAAGUGCGUGUGACACUGAUGCGCAAGAUGGUCAUGACGCCGGGGCAAGCGUUCACAAUACGCGAGAAUGGAAUGACUGUGGCAACGGGCAUGAUCACCCAACGAUUGCCAUCCCUCGAUUUGCCCAAGAACAAGUUGUCCAAGGCGACAGUUGAAUGCUAAAUAAGAGUUUUCGUUUAUUGAGACGAGUAUUCUAGAUCGCCUUAGUACAAAUUCAUUUGUUUAAUUUCAGUGUACAUGUGUAUGUAUAUAUUUAAUAAAUAAAUACAUAUUAAUCAUAUUCAUAAUCAAAGAAA